AUGUCAACCGCCGUCAUAUCCACGGACGACGAUCAACUCGAUCCUACACUCCAAAACCUCAUUGACCAGAAAACAUUACGAUGGAUUUUCGUGGGCGGCAAGGGUGGUGUUGGCAAGACUACAACCUCUUGCUCGUUAGCAAUACAAAUGGCCAAGCACAGAAAAUCAGUGCUGUUAAUAUCGACUGACCCGGCGCACAACCUGAGCGACGCAUUCUCCCAGAAGUUUGGCAAAGAUGCGAGAUUAAUCGAGGGCUUCACCAAUCUGUCCGCCAUGGAGAUCGACCCCAAUGGAUCGAUCAGCGAGUUAAUUAAUGCAGGCGGUGACGAAGCACAAGAAGCAAUGGCAGGUAUGGGAGGCAUGGGUGGCAUGAUGCAAGAUUUAGCAUUCAGUAUACCUGGUGUGGACGAAGCCAUGAGCUUUGCUGAAGUCCUGAAGCAAGUCAAAUCACUCUCCUACGAAGUCAUCAUAUUCGACACAGCUCCGACCGGUCACACUUUGCGAUUCCUACAGUUCCCAACGGUGCUCGAGAAGGCACUGGAGAAGAUCUCUCAGCUAUCUACACAAUUUGGACCUAUGCUAAACACAAUACUCGGCGCAAGAGGUGGUCUUCCUGGCGGACAGAAUCUCGACGACCUAAUACAGAAGAUGGAAAGCCUGCGAGCCACAAUUGCUGAGGUCAACCAACAGUUCAAGAAUCCAGACAUGACCACAUUUGUUUGCGUCUGCAUUGCAGAGUUCUUGUCGUUAUACGAGACCGAGCGAAUGAUUCAGGAGUUGUCGAGUUACAACAUCGACACACAUUGCAUCGUUGUCAACCAGCUUGUCUUUCCAGAGAAGGAUUGUCCUUGCGCAAGGUGUAAUGCUAGGUGGGCCAUGCAGAAAAAAUACUUGGACCAAAUAGAAGAGCUUUACGACGAGUUUAACGUUGUCAAAAUGCCGCAGUUGACUGAGGAGGUCAGGGGAAGUGAGAAGCUAAAGAACUUUUCAGAGAUGCUGAUGAACCCAUACACCCCGUCAACUCAGUGA